AUGCUAAUUAUUCUUAUUUUAAUACAACUUAUUAUUUGCAUCGCAUUUCGCGUCGCGUCCAUCGAGGCAUCACCACGGCGCUCUGCACUCGGCCCCCUACUCUUGCGAUCUGACGCAACAAUCGGAGUCACUUACUUGCGCCUUGCGUAUUUUGGCUGCCAUCGGGCAUCGCUCAUUCUGAUUUUAACCAGCGCGUUGGCUGCUGCUGGUCUAACGUUACGAAGUGAGGUUCACUUCUCCAAAAAGGCCACAGUCAGCAAAAUGGUUAACGAAUCAAACGGGAACUUAUCUCCGCCACAGGAGUUAGAAUCUUUUCUAUCUCAAGAUGAAAAGAAAGGACAAAUAGUAGAAAGUAAAACAUAUAACUUGAUCAAAGAAAAAGAUGCAGAAUCCGGAGACUUUGAUCCAUUCUCAGAAAGACAGUUGGAGAACCCCACUUCGAACAUGGACACGCUGACUCACUUACUGAAGGCUUCACUCGGCACCGGUAUCCUUGCUAUGCCCAAAGCCUUCAAAAGUGCUGGUCUCAUUUCCGGCAUCUUCUUUGCCAUUUUGGUCGCCGUCGUCUGCACGCACUGCGCUUAUAUCCUCAUAAAGUGUGCUCAUGUUCUAUACAAAAAGACGCGGAAGACGGCAAUGAGCUUUCCUGAAGUAGCCGAAGCAGCAUUAGAUAAUGGACCACAAGGGCUGAGAAAGUGGGCUCAUACUUUUAGAGUUUUCAUCGUUGUGAGUCUAUUUUUGACAUACUUUGGAACUUGCUCCGUGUACACUGUCAUUAUCGCUAAAAAUAUAAUGCAGGUCGUUGUGUUCUACAUGCCGGAUAACAAGGACCUCGAUAUACGGUUAUUUAUUAUCGCCCUACUUCUACCUCUCAUCUUAAUGGUUUGGAUAAGAAACCUGAAAUAUUUAGCUCCCGUUUCUAUGAUAGCAAAUUUUUUUAUGGCCAUCGGUCUGGGUAUCACUUUCUACUUCCUAGUGGGCACCGGCGGACUCGACUUUGGCCAAGUAGUCGCUGUUCAACCACCGAGGGAAUGGCCAGAAUUCUUCUCCCUUACAAUUUUCGCUAUAGAAGCCAUUGGUGUUGUUAUGCCUUUGGAAAACUCGAUGAAGACACCACGUUCGAUGCUCGGUUUUUGCGGUGUACUCAAUAAGGGCAUGACUGGAGUGACUCUUAUCUACAUUUUACUAGGAUUCCUCGGAUAUUUGCGCUACGGUAGCUUGGUCGAAGAUUCGAUUACACUCAAUCUGGAACCACACCCUGGUGACCCAAAAAUCAAGGAAGUGCUUUCGCAAAUCGUCAAAAUUGCCAUCGCAAUCGCUGUCUACUGCACUUUCGGGCUUCAAUUCUUUGUCUGCAUCGAAAUUAUGUGGAAUUCCAUCAAGGAGAAAUUCACAAAAAGGCCUGAGCUGGCCGACUACAUAAUGCGUACCAUAAUGGUCACCAUGUGUGUCUUACUGGCUGUUGCCGUGCCCACCAUUGGACCUUUCAUGGGCGUCAUCGGUGCAUUCUGCUUUUCUAUCCUGGGAUUAAUUGCUCCGGCGUUCAUUGAAGUUAUUACUUUUUGGGAUAUAGGCUUCGGGCCAUACAAAUAUCUUAUUUGGAAGAAUAUUCUGGUUCUGAUGUUCGGUUUGUUCGCGCUAAUCUUCGGUACCAAAGAUGCUGUUAUAAGUAUAAUACAAGAAUAUACGAAAAUUCCUAUUGAUAAUAAAAAC